AUGAGCGCCUACGGAGGGAAAGGACCUAUGACCAAUGCGGUCCUUUGGGUGCUGGUGGUUAUACUUUCGAUUUUUGUGGCACUUCGACUCUAUACACGGAAAGAGAUUCUGAAUUCUGUCGGUGCUGAUGAUUACCUCGCGGUCCUUGCACUGAUUGUCCAUAUCCUUUACACCGUGUUCGUCACAAUAGCGACUUCCUACGGUCUAGGAAGACUAUUUGCCGAUGUCAAUGAUCCCGCAAGUUACAUCACCGCCACCAAGUAUGAAGUAUUCAGCCAAGUGGCUGGCCUGAUGACCAUUGGAAUAGGAAAGUUGGCAGUUGGCACCUUCCUUCUUCGAAUUGUACGAAACAAGAUCCAAAUUAGAUUUAUCUGGGCUUGCAUGGCUAUCACAACCGUGAUAACGUUUUUCGCCAGUAUUACCGUUGUUGUACAGUGCAUACCUGUUGAAAGGACCUGGAAUCCAUAUGCUAAAGGAACGUGCUGGCUCAAUUUUUCAAACGUUGGAUACACUGUUGGAUCAUGGUUUGUCGCCGCCGACUUUUGUUUCGCGAUUCUACCGUGGUUCGUUAUCUGGGAUCUCAAUAUGAAGAGCAAGGAAAAGAUCACCGUUGCCUGUGGUCUUAGUCUUGGUAUAUUUGCCGGGAUAUGUGGCAUUGUUCGCACCGUGGCACUGAGUGGACUGGAUACGUCCGAGUAUAUCUAUGACACUGUUCCAAUGCUCAUCUGGUCCGCAACCGAAAGCUGUGUUACAAUCAUGUGUUCAUCAAUCCCCGUCCUACGUCCUCUCUACGUCCGCAUCAGAUACGGAACGGAAGGCAAAGACAGCUCGGCUGGUAAUACUUCCUACAAACUGCCCAUGUAUGGAAAUGGUCGCAAGCAUGACAGUCUUUCGAAAUCCGGUCUCGAGAAUUCCGUCGUCGAGCCGAGUGCCAAGUUCUACCCGCAGCAUACUGUGGCGAGGUAUAACACGAAUAACACGAGUGAUGAGAAUAUCCUUGAGGGUGCCGCGGGUAUUGAGAGGACGGAUGAGUAUACUGUUAGCUACGAACCGUUCCCUAAGAAAUUUUGA